AUGGGCAGCAAAAAGGGCCACACAAAGAAGGGAAAGAAGCCCCGCCCGAAGAAUGUAAAGCCCAGUGGUGCUCUGCACUUGUCUGAUCCACAGGUUCCAACUUCUACCCAGAAUGCUUCACAUGCGGUUGAAAAUGUCGAUGUUGGGCCUCUCAACACUCAUCCGGUUGAGACUGGACCCAUUCCAUUUCUGACACCUGAGAACAUUGCCGGAUACUGGUGUCCUAUUAUGGCAUUAGCUAGGUUUCCAAACACCUACAUUGGUGGUAGGGACAAAGAAUUGACCCUGCGCUUGUUGGCAGACUUCUUCCACGAGGAGAAAUUCUGGUGUCGGCCCUGGAAACAAUUUUACCUCAAAAUCCCCUUCACCCAUCCCGGAGGCGGCCGGCUGACGCUUGCCCGUGCAGCGGAUGUCCUUGCGUUCCUAAAGGAGGCCAGUGCGAAGGAACAUUGCGACCUUACACUGGAUGGAAAAGCAGGCAUGUUGCUUCAUUUUGAUGGCAGCGACGGUUCACCUGUUCCCACGGAGUUGGGGACAACCAAGAGUCGUUCGGACAAGGAGAAAUUACUGGGAGUGACUCUUCCCCUUGGCCCGUGGGAUGCUUGGAUGGAGGACCGGCCAUUGUCGGUGACUGACACCUUUUUUGAAAAGCUUCUUGCCGGGGUGCAGGCUGCACGAAAUAACAGAGGGCCAAAGCAGAAACAACGAAUGGAUCACCAAAUUGCCCACCAGAUUAAAUACUCCACAGCCUUGGGAAGAGUGAUAUGCAUCUUUGGCCUUCAUCCAACCACAUUCAUCACGAAUAUGCCACCAGUCAAUCUCCUCAAGGCACCUCCGUUUGAUAUGGAGGGUGAAUACAUCUUCAUUUCCGUAGAUGUGGAGUGGAAAGAUCAUAUCACAGAGCUUGGAAUUUCCUUCCUCGAUACUCUCGAUCUGGUGAGCCUGCCCCCCGGUGAAGAUGGGCUCAAUUGGAGCAGAAUGAUCAAAUCUCAUCAUCUUCGCACUGGGGAGAAUUGCAUACACGACCUCUGGAAACGAUGCAGCUCAUGCCCCAGGAAAUUCGGAUUUGGCCAGAGUGAAAUUCUCCCUGUAAAUAAGUUGGGAGCGAGGAUUGAUCAGCUCUUUUCGCCUCCAUAUGGGCACCACGUUGGUGAUAUCCCAGCAUACAAGCUUCGCCGGCGGUCAGUGAUCCUGAUCGGUCACGGCAUGGCGGGCGACAUGACCCAACUUGCCAAGUCUGGCAGCAAGGUCUUCAACAGCAUGGACCUCCCUUCGUCGGCGAUCAACAAGGUGUGGGAUACCAACUGGCUGUGGCGUGUCAUGCGACGUACGACCAAUGCACGAUCCUUAAGAGACACUUUGGCGGAUCUCGACGUUGGACUAGUCCAACAAGCUCCUCUCCACAACGGGGGAAACGACGCCCACUACACCAUGCUGGCACUACUCCGAAUCAUGCUCAUCACGGCGAGCUCACCUAGGGAUUGGGCGCAGAAGGCGAAGUCUCCGGAGCAUCGCUCCUGGUCAAGUCCGUCCUGUGGGCCUGGGCUUGAUCUGGCUCCGACUAGUCGCAUUGCUGCUCUUCACGCGAGGCCCAAUAUGACUCCUUCUACUGUUUCUAAUAUGAAUAUCCCUGCUGAGUUCAAUCUCAUUUCGUCUCCUCCUUUCAUCCCUGUCUUUGCUAGAUGUCCCUCGACUUCGUCGGACGAUGAACCCGAAUCACCUGCGUCCGUUCUGGAGGAGAACGUGCACGCUGUUGACGACUGGGAAAGUCUGUCAGUCGGUGUUGGGUCCAUUGAAAGCAUGGAAGACAGUGUGGAGUUGCUGCGGCUGUAA